AUGCCCAUCAACACCUCGUCCUCGGAUGAAGGCGUCACGGGCGCUGCAAAAUUCGUCACAUCUGCCGUCGGUAACACUGUAGGCGGCCUCACCCGCACAGUUGGUGGCGUCGCCGGCGCCGCAGGCCGCGGGAUUGGAGACACUAUAACUGGCGCUACAGGUUCGCUGGGCAAACCCGUGGGAGAUGGCCUUGCGAAUGCAUUGACUGGCGUCGAGAAUGGGGCAUGCAAGGUUGCGCGUGGCGUUGAGGAUGCGGGACAGUGGAAGAGUGGUGCGAAGCGAAUCUGA